AUGGCUUCAUCUCGAGCGUUUAAGCCGCACCACUCUCCGUAUCCGCCUCUUUCUCUCCUGACACCACCGUUACUUUCCUUUCCUUUCUCGCUGCUUCCUCCACUACCGUCCACGUCGACGAGCGUCUCUCUGUCUCCUCCCCCUCCUCCUCUCGCUUGCUCUGUUGGAGAUCAAGGCUUAUCAGCUGUUGGAAAGUUCUGUAAGCAGCUCGAAGAAAGGUUUUGUGUAUUAACUGAUGUUGGAGUUAUUGAUCUCUUCCCAGUUCCGAGAUAA